AUGGGAGAAGGCCAUGGGCAUGAAAAUAAUAGUACGAGAAGAGAUGUGGAAAUUAAAUCGGAGUUGGAUAAGUUGUUAGAAACAAAGCGAAAAUAUUAUGAUGAACUUAAUAAAGGAAUAGACUGUUGCCAGGAGUUAGGAGAUAGUCUUAGGGAGAGCGCAGAGGAGAAAUUGUUCGGAGAUCCUAAGACUAAGGACUAUGCCAGUAAGGUUGUGGGAAACUGGUGUUGUGCGUACGAAUGGGGGAAGAAGGUUCUGCAUUCUACGAAUUAUUGGUGUUAUUACUUCUAUUAUUGGUUAGGGAGUAAAAUACCUGCCAAACCAGUAAAUAAGUCAUGGAAGGACACUAUGAAAAUCAUUUACCAUGAACUCCAGGAUCCCGAAGGGAGGGGUACGUGCAAAAUUAUAUACGACAACAUUGAAAGAGAAGUAUUUCGUAAUAUGCAAAAAUUAUAUAAUUUCCAUUACGACUACGACACUAUAGAAGGGCAGUUAGAGCUUAGUAAAUACUACUGUGAUGAAGAACUUAGGAGUUAUCUAGAUGAAAUUUAUGAAGCUUACGAAGAUAUAAAGGAACAAUGUAUCGAUGAAGGAUGUAACGAGCAGUAUUGUAAGGACUUCUCCACAAUGUUCGAUGACGAUAAAUAUGAGAAUCUACUUAAGAAGAAAUGUAGUACGGAAACUAGAACAGAGCAUAGAGCCAUCGAGCAGCAUCUGGAAGCUAAGGGGGAGAAAUUCCUCGUAGUAAGGGAGGAACCCUCACAUACGAUAGGGCUGUCGAAUCCCACAGAAUCAUCCUCCCCGUCCACCACGGGCUCCGACUCGACAAUCGCACCUGGUGCUGUAGCUGGUGGUACCAUUGCCACCAUAGGAAUACCAACUAUCGGUUUCUUUUUAUAUAAAUAUACUGAUGUAUUUGAUGGAAUAAAAAAAACCCUCUUUGGUGGCAGCAAUAAUACAGGAGGAAGGAGUAGGGGAAGAAGAUCUACUUUUCGACACAAUGAUCAACACUUUGACGGCUUCGAUUCUUCCACCUUGGGUGGUGAUGGUUCCACCACCCUAGGUGGUGGUGGUGGUGACUCAUCCACCUUAGGUGGUAGCUCCACCGAUGUUUCGACCAUCUAUGAUGAUGGAGGACGACGACCAAGCGGAAGAACACGGGCAACAAAUAAUAGAAGACCAGGAAAUAUACGUUAUUAUGCUACGUAA